UAUUAGUCACGUUUCAUAAAUGGAAGAUAGUAAGCCUAGGUUGGUUGGAGCAAUUGAUGUAGGGACGGGUAGCUCCAGGUUCCUUAUCUUCAAUGAAAAUCUAGAGCUAAAGUUCAGUUUAAAAGAAAAGGCACAUAGAAAAGAACUAGGACAGCAUUCACCAAAGGAAGGGUGGCUGGAACAAGAUCCCAUUGAACUAUUAGAGUCGGUGAGACUAUGCAUUGGAGGUGUGGCCGACUCACUCCGUCUUGAGGGCACGCCCAUUUCUUCCAUACAUGGUGUUGGGAUUACUAAUCAAAGAGAGACUACCAUAUUAUGGGACAAGCUAACAGGAGUGCCAUUUUACAAUGCAAUAGUUUGGAGCGAUAAUAGAACAAGACAGCUGGCAGAUGCACUGAUAGCCUCAACACCUAAUAAUAACAAGGAUUAUCUAAGACCCAAGUGUGGUUUGCCCAUCCAUCCCUACUUCAGUGCACUAAAGAUACGGUGGCUGAUCGAUAACGUUGAAGAAGUAAGAAUAGCUGUCGCCGGCAAGACUUGUCUCUUUGGUACAGUGGACUCAUGGAUAAUAUGGAAUCUGACCGGAGGCAUAUCAGGAGGUUGUCACGUGACUGACGUCACCAAUGCUAGUCGAACGAUGCUAAUGGAUCUACAGACCUGUAAGUGGGACACCGAGUUAUGCAGCUUUUUUGGUAUACCCAUGUCUAUAUUGCCAGAGAUAAGGAGCUCAUCUGAAGUGUAUGGGCAUAUAUCUGAAGGUCCAUUAAAGGGAAUACCGAUCUCCGGAUGUUUGGGGGAUCAGCAAGCUGCCCUGGUAGGUCAGAGAUGCUUUAAGAAAGGUGAUGCUAAGAACACUUACGGUACUGGGUGCUUCUUACUCUACAAUACUGGCUUGGUUCCAGUGAGAUCCAGCAAUGGGUUGCUAACUACAGUUGCGUAUAAGAUGGGAUCAGAAGCAGAUGUCCAUUAUGCUUUAGAGGGUUCUGUAGCAAUGGCCGGACAGUGUGUUAGGUGGCUAAGAGAUAACAUGAAGUUUUUCACUGACGCACAAGAAAUUGAGAGGCUGGCAGAGUCUGUUCAUGAUACAGCUGGUGUAUAUUUUGUUCCGGCAUUUUCUGGUCUAUAUGCACCUCACUGGCAGUCUGAUGCCAGAGGGUUGAUAAUCGGUUUGAGCAGUUAUACUAAUAAAGGUCACAUAUGCCGUGCAACACUCGAGGCAGUUUGCUUUCAAUCUCGUGAAAUACUGGAGGCCAUGAAUCAGGAUUCUGAGCUACCACUAGCUUCCCUUAAGGUCGAUGGGGGCAUGACAGUGAAUAAAUUAUUAUUACAAUUGCAAGCUGAUUUACUGGGAAUACCAGUGGAGAAAGAGGAUAUGUCUGAGACCACAGUGUUAGGUGCAGCUAUAGCAGCUGGCAUUGGCGUGGGGGUGUGGCCUAACCAGCUUGACAGUAUUCCUCAGUCGAUGGCUGUCACAUUAUUUAAUCCAUCAAUAGACCACGACAACAGAGACUCGAGAUAUUACAGGUGGAAGGAAGCUGUAAAGCGUUGCAUGCACUGGGAAGGAAACGAGAAAGAAAUUCAAAACAAUGGAAGGUGGAAGAGAGAACGAAAAGUGGGUGUGGUGGGAGUAGGCGUGGCUGCAGCAGUAUUGGCAGCUGCUUUGCUCAUUUAUUGGAGAAGGCAUUAAAUCAUUUAGAGAAUUAUUACUUUCUGCAAAACUUUAUUGUCAUAUCAUUAUUAGCAAUCACCAAUGGUUAUUAUAUUAAUUUUUUUGUAGUAAAGAAUAUGUUGAAAAAAUAAUAAUGAUAUAAAUUAAAGUUGUUAAAUGAUUAUUUAAUACA